UCUACGGAGCUAUUAUUAUAUCCUCAAACCAGAAAUUACAGAUCGAUCAACACCUUGCUACAGAAAUUCACAAGGAAAUGGAGAAACGAUUUAACGGGAAAGUGCAACAAACGUUUGUUUCAACUGCAUUAUGUGGCAGCUCCCAACAAAACCAGGAUUCAAAAAAUGAAUUUUAUUUUGAUUUAUGCAACUCCAUGGAAUAAAUUAGAACA